AACUUACCCAGACGAACAGUCCGUUUUCUACAACCAUGUCGACUGGCGUUACGGUCAAUUCAUGACAUAGCUUUGCGGUUAGACAGGAUUCCCGAUUCCUAGGACGAAGACCACAUCAGGCAGAGUUGCCGAGUUUCUUUCAAAGCAUCCUCUCAGUGACACUCUACUUCAUUUCUUCCUAGUCCGGACACUAUGCACCCCUUCCAACGUGUGCUUCUGUGAGACAGCAUGAGACAAACGGGAGACAUUCAUCUUUGAAAAGGAGCGGCUUUCUGUCAGCCAACAACAACCAUGUCUGUAUCUGGACUCAAUCCUCGAUUCAAGGGUAUCCAGGACAAGGGUUUUUUGGACAUAAUGAAGCAUGCCUCAAAGGACCAGAACGAGAUAACAGUCCUAGCUAAUGCAAUAUGCACCCUCCUCAAUGACGUGGAAUCGUUCCACUCAAACCUUAUGUGCUUGAUCACGCAAACGUCCCUCGCAGCCGCACUUCGACACACGGCCAUCUCCAGCAUUCUUACUCCUAUCCGAGAUACGGCUGUAGAAUUCUAUAGGGCCAUCUCUGCAAUGUGGACGGAGACGUAUCUGUUUCUUAACCGAGGGUUGAAUAUCUCCGAGUCGCACUCAGAGUCGGAGUCUUCACAUAAAGAUAUCGCAAGCGCCGAGCAUCACAUACGCGCCGCUCAGGUGGAUUAUAUGAGAGCUUGUCAAAUCAUUGAAACCCGUUUUGAGGACCUCUUGUGGGACAGUGAGGAGCUCCUGAUUGCAGAGCUCCGAGGCUGCUGUGGGUUCGAGAUUCUGCUUCACCUCACCAAGCGGUUUUGCACGUUAUCUCCCUAUCGACUUAUCAUCAUGGAAGGACUUCCUCGACGUUUUUCAAUGCUCUGGGACGACGCAUGUGAGAUUCUGGCUUGUAUGAAUCACUUGGGAGAGGUGAUGAGCAGGAUUCAGAUACGGUUUCGGAGUCCCGAAUGGCGAGCAUAUUAUUCAGGUCGAGAGGACGUUAUCGAGCUGUUCUCUAAGACGCUCUCUUUCACGUUCAAAUGGCGUGAUCGAAUUUGUAGUAGUCACGUCUCGCGCUUGUAUAAGUUCAACUCUCAGGAACUUGCCAUUAUCGGCGAGUAUGUCGGGCCGUGGGAUCCUACUCAGUCUGUGUGGAACUGGUAUCACUUCUGGUGGUAUAAUAACCGUCAGAUGGCAGUCUUGAUAGACAAUCUACCCUAAUGUAUAAACCUAUGAUAUCCUUCGAAUGCCCGCGUUUUCAAUUUUUUGGUUGGUCCCGUCCUUGUGGUUAUCCCCAAUUCCUUGGAUAAAGACAAACCUUUGGCAGAGUACGAAGCUGUUGAGGAUAUUUAAAAUCAUCCCAGACUCAAGUAGAUAACUUUCAAGUUCUGGCUCGUAAACUUAAUGCUCGGUAGCAAUGCUGGGCCUAGCACUGUCUUUGUAACGUCCAUUUUCUUACUGAGCGUAGGUUGCGAG